AUGGGCUGCGGAGCAUCGACCUCGGCGCCCGUGAUACUAGCUGAGGCUGAAGGAGAAAGAGCCAACAACCAUGAUGAGCAUGACAACAACCAUGAUGAGAACAACACCGAUGAGAACGAGACGCAUGUCAACAACCAGGAAGAACCUCAUGACACCAACAACCAAGAUGACGAACUUGAAGAAGACGAGGUGAUCGCGCCUCUCCGACACAAGAGGCUCUCAGACGUGACGGACAACGACAACGGAAAACAUCCCUCGUUCGGCAGCAACGGGGUAGACUCAGUGAUGUCAAGUUUCUCAACCAUCUCCUCAAGUGGAAGCCCAAAACCGGAAGAACCCACCAAGACCUCUCUGUUUGCAAAACUGCAACACGAAUACGCGAGAUUUCUAAUCAACUUCGCUGCUAUGUUAGGCAGUGCGAGAGAUUCACCCGAGGCCAACGAUGUCAUUGAAGCCUUCUCCAAUUUGCCUCCAAAGAAGCCAAAACUAGAAAUUCGAGCAUUUAAAUCGCAUACCUUAGACAACAUCAAAAUCAGGAAAGUUUGUGACGAGUUUCUUAGGCUUGAGGAUCCCAAUCAUGCUUGUCAUUGCUCUACGGAGGACAGUUGGCUGCCAACCUUACAAACAGCUCAAGGAAAGCAUAUCCAUGGUAUCCGUAUGAACAUCAACCCUGAAAUUAAGUCAUCGGAGGCGCGAGUUCUUGCUAUCGGCCUGUCGCAGAAUGUAUCAGUGCAAGAGCUGAGGAUGAAAAACAACCAGCUCACGUCCGUUGGAGCUACAAGCAUGGCGGAGGUUCUGAAAUCAAACACAACUCUUCUGCUUAUGGACCUCCGAUCGAACGGCAUACGGGGAACAGACGCUAUGGAUGAAAACAAAACUCUCACAGAGUUGGACUUGCGCUGGAACUACAGCGGCGAACGUUCCGACUACGUCGUGGAGGCUUUGCUGGACUUGAAGAAGUGUUGUCUCCGCAACCUGCGACAGUCGAUGAACAAGUUUCAAAAGCCAUUCGAGAAGCUUUCGGAGGAUUCCGACCCCAGCACAGAUCCAGCCGACACUACCAAUGAGGUGAACACCGCCUUUCCCUCGCUGAUUCACUACAACAUCUUCCAAGACCUCAUCCUCUUGCUCGUCCCUUCGUCUCGCUCGCUCAUCUCGGGGGCACAGGAGGCUCCGUCUAUCGGCAUUUCGCGCCUCCCGAGCUUCGCUCCCGCCCUCUGCCAGUACAGGCUUGAAGUCACCAUCCGAGGCGCACGAAACUUGCCGCAGGUAGGAGUCAUUUUCAGCUCCAACGACAUUUUAAGCCCUCCCAAGGGCUACUGCGUGAUGCACGUGAACCGCCAGACUAUCCGCACAGAGGUGAUGAAGAAGAGCUGGAACCCCGUGUGGAAUUGUAUGUUCAGUGCAGCGAUCAAGAACGUCUGGCAGGUCUGCGUCAUCCGCGUCAUGCACUCCAAGACUGUCGACGCGAAGCAUGCGGACGACAUGUCAAUCGGUUCUGUCUUUCUUGUCAUCCAGUCAAGGUUGACAGGCCGACAGGAACUCUCUGCGUAUCCAUCGGAGAGAUUCUCAACUGGAAAGGUCGGAGGAAGGGAGGGAGAGAGCAAAGGUGAUUUGAGCGCAGGCGUGUCAAAGAACGUCCUUGACACCGGGGAGUGCAUGUGGCAGGCCUAUCAUCGCCCGGCUAACGCUCAGAGGGGAUGUAUCUACACCAUCUGCCGCGGACUCAACAAAGAAGGGGACGAGGUCGACCUCUUCGAAACCGCCGAGGAGGCUGCACGAGCCUACGACCUGGUUGCGUCAAAGAAGGAUGGAGACAAAGUAGGACUCAACUUUGAAGGCAUGAGUGUCAUUGGAGUUCAAGCUGGGGUCAUGUCUACCAUCUCCGUCUGCUUCAAGCUCUACGAUCUCUCGAUCAACUACCUGGAGGUUUAUCUCGACAGCGCUUCCUUCCUGCCCAAGAUGGAUGCGGGGCUCGGAACCUGUGAUGCCUACUGCGUGCUGCUCAUCGGGGAGACCCACAAGUUUAAGAGCAGAGUGGUCAGGAACUCGUUGGAUCCUCACUUCGAUCAGAUGUUUCGCAUCUGUGUUCCUCCUGACCUUGAAGUUCUUCCGAUGGAAAUUCAAGUGUGGGACUGGGACAGAUUCGACGACGACGAUCAUAUUGGAAGUGCCUUCUGCGACCUCACUCCCCUUAUCCGCAAGUCUGACGAGCCGACCCCGACUGUCGUCACUGCGGCCAUGCUCGCCAGGCAGUCGACUAAGCUCGCAUUGUCUCCCGAUCCCUCCUCCGUCAGUGACAGCCAGCCGCCUCAAGAAGUCUCGAAGAUCCCGAGCAUCCGCACCAAGGGAAAACGACUGAGCCCGCCUCCCCAGCUUUCCGAUCUUGUGCCCAAGUCAAGCCUUGAUGGAGCGUACUCUCUGCGAACUCCUGACGGCAAUGAUUUCGUAAAGAACGGCAAGGAGCAGAUUACCCAAGUGAAUAUCCGGUAA